AUGCCUGGGUACAAUUUUCCCAUGCGCAUUCUGAAAACCAGCUCAAAAGUGUGUGCACGUGACACACAACACGACCUCGUCAUCGUAGGGAAAAGUGGCAAUCUGUGGUGGGACGCCAGAACGGCGUUUCGUGCCUUUAUGCAACGCGAGAGAGCCCGUUAUCCGAAGCUCAAGGUGGGAGUCGUCUUCAGUCUGGGAAUGCCACGCGAACACGGUGACAAAAUAUUCAAUCGUGAUGGCCACAUCUUUAGGCAGAAUGGAACGGCUGGUGAUAGGAUGGAGAAAUGCGACGGUAAAGCCGAUGUAGUUAUGGAGCACAUUAACCAAGAAAUCCACCAAUUCGAUAACAUACUGCUACGCGACUACGAGGAUACGUAUUACAACCUGACGUGGAAGACCGUCAUGAACCUGCGAUGGCUGUCGGCAUUCUGCAGUAAACAUCACGCCAACGACUUCAUGCUGAUCGACGACGAUCAUCGCAUGAAUCUCUCAUUGGUGACACAGUUUCCCAAGAAUACUUCGUCUAGGACAUUGAGAAGGUCCAUUUUCGGUGCCAUUGCCAAAAAACAGCGUUCCAGGAAGAAUGCCUUCAAAGAAGUGGUUUCAAGUCGCAUGGCGAGUAUCCGAGCUGACAUCGUCGACGACAUGGCCAUCGCGAGUGCAUACACGCGGUACAAUUAUGCGCCGGAGGAUGUGUAUCUUGGAAUGGUAGCAUUUAAACUGGGCAUUAACCUGCACCGUGUGAACUCAAUGUCAUAUCCCCUCUGGAACCAGCAGAGCGAUACGUGGUCUCACCGAGAGAGACAGAUGAGCACGAUGAUUUAG